CCACGUGUAUCUGCAGAACUGCUGCUUGGCCCUGCAGAGAAGUGCAGUUUCACGAAUCACGGUUUGGUGUAGAUCCAGAUGCAAAUUUGUUCUCUUCUUCCCUGCCCCUGGUGGGUCUGCAUGCAAACUGUCUUUAAAUUGCAAACAAGGUAGCUUGCUAGAAUUUUGUCUGGUUUUUUUUAUUGGUUGGUUUGGCACUCAGAAGUAGCUAGAGGUAGGCAGGUCCAAGAAGUAACGCCUGCUUGCCUCAGGAUAUGAAGUAGUGCGGUGAUUUUAGCCUGUGAUCAAAGGCACGAGGUAGUAAAUGACGGUGCAGAAAAUCUGUCGUCACGCUGGUAGUCAAAACAGUUCAGAAAGCAUCUCACGUGAGAAGUGGAAGGUUCACGUGUCAGGGGACAGAGAGAGCUUUGCCAGAAGCUGUGACUCAGGGCCACGUGAGGUCAGGAGCAUGAAACACGUUUGUGAAUGAGAGCUCUGGAAAUGUCUGAAACUCCCCCUCAGUGGAUGGGGCAUUUUAUGGUGCUUCACCAUCACCAAUCUUUUCUUUAAGAAGUGCGGCCUCCCCCCUCUCUCUCUUCUUUCUUUCUCACUUCUUUCUUUCUUUUAUUAUUUUUUUUCAGAAGGGAAAUUUUUGACAUUUAUUUGUGCUAUAAAAAGAAGGUUAGUGCUUGGUUACUAGCAUUUGCAUGCAGUUACAUCAGGGACUUCCUUUACUGCUUUGGUGCACUCCACUAGAAUCAUUCAGAAAAUGGAUGAGUAAGCAAGAGCAAGGGAUGGAGAAACUGCUCCUGUAGAAGAAGAAAAGGGGCAGGGGCUCUGGGCCACUCGGAGGGGAACAAGCUCUUUUCUCCUUCAAAAGCUCCCACAGUGACAGAAGUCAUAGCUGGGGCUUGUGAAAAGCAGAGAUGCAAUCUGCAGCUGGCUGUCAUGAGCCACCGUUCUCAAACAUUUCACUUCUGCAAUCAGCUCCAGCCUUCAAAAGAACAGACUUAGAAAAGCAGUUUUGAGAAGGUGGGGGUGAUGUGGUUAGGGCUUGUCUGGCAGUAUUUAUAGGGCCAAAUAGGAAGUGGCUGUUUUGACUUGUGCUCCUACACUGUGCUUGCCGAAAUGAAUAGUAGGCUAUGCUAAAAAGAAAUCAUGUCCCAUGGAUCCGAAUGAAGAUUGCAUGAGAUGUGGACCCGAGCAAUACUUGAAUGAAGCAUCCCAAAAGCCACGAUGUGAUGCUUGUGUAUUAUGCACAAAAGAAUCUGACCUCGUGGAGAAGGUGCCCUGCUCCUUCAACUCCAGCCGGGUGUGUGAGUGCCGACCAGGUCUGUUCUGCCAGACCCCUGUUAAGAACACUUGCAUGCGAUGCCAGCAGCACACUGCUUGCAAGCCUGGGUUUGGAGUCAAACUCAGAGGCACCUCAGAGACUGAUGUUUUGUGUGAAGAAUGCCCUCCUGGGACCUUCUCUGACCAAAGCUCCAGCACUGACAUCUGCAAGCCCCACACAGACUGUGCCAAGUUGAACAAAGUAGCACAAGGCAAAGGAAAUGCCACACAUGAUCAGGUUUGCAUGGACCAAUUGCCCACCUACCUCACCCCAGACACUUCCUCCAUCAGAUUCAGCAAUGAGACAAAUGACUCCGACGUGCUGAGGCUUCAGGCAAACCUGGUGACCCUUGCUAGUAUUCUUUCAAGUGCCACAACUGAAAAUCCCAGCUCAACUCCUGAGGAGGAAGCUCUGGCUGGCACUUUUCCCACCUCAGCCAAGGGGGAGACGACAACAAGAGGUCUUCUUUUCUGGGGAGCGGUGCUCUCUGUGAUGGUGCUGCCUGUGGGCAUGCUGUUAUUUUGGCAAUGGAAGGUCUGCAAGAAACGGAUCCUCGUCCUCAAAGAAAAGCGUUCUGAUCUAGUGGACACAUAUGCAAAGAUCGCACUGACCACUGACAAAUGUCCAGAAGAGGAGGAGUUAACUGACAGAACCCUCCCUUUGGAAACCAACAACAACUUGAUCUCCAGCACUGAAAAAGCGGGUAGUCCUGUUCUGAGUCUGACUGAAGUGGCACAGAGCAAUGGAAAAGCCCCAGAUUGCCCCAUUGAUUCUCGAGUGAGAGACCACACCAGUAAUCAAAUCGGAAAAAUAUUCAUCAUGAACGCCGAUACUGUUAUUGUGGGGUCUUCAAAAACGCCUGGUAUCAAGAACUGUGCUGCUAGGGGAUAUGAAAGUGACGUUGAUAUCCAGGAAAAGAUGGAAGAGGAACUGCCAAUGCACUAUCCAGAGCAGGAGACAGAGGUUUUUCCGGGGAACGAUGUCAUGGUUCCUGUGGAAGAGGAGGGAAAGGAAUUCCAUCACCCCACCACUGCCACUGAAAAGUGAUCUCCUGCUGAGGAGGUGUGCGAAGCUACAAAAACAUCCAGUGUGACAGUAAGCCUGAACGUCCCACGAGGGAUGAAAACACAGCGUGUCUUACACAACCUGAAGACUCACGUGAAGCACCAAAAACAUUCAACUUAUUUCAUCCAGCCAAUGAGAGGAUUGUCCAAACCACCGGUUCACAUCAAAUAUUUUUCUCUUUUCCUUGCUCUCCCAGUAUCACGCUGGAAACAAACUGGAAUCAUAGUUACGGAACUCAGAGGACUUCCAGAUGCUAACUCAAGUUGCACAGCUUGCUUUCUCUGCAUGAAGUGGUGGAAUUAAGCUGGUUACUUCUAUUAGCUCUGAAAAUUCUGGCCGGAAUUCUGAGUUAAUUUGAGACCCAGCCAUGGUUCACAUUUGUACUCCAUUGUACUUUAGGCCAAUCCUUCUAUUUUUUUUUUUAAUGCCUGAUUCGUGUUUCUUCAAAACAUUUGUAAGUGCAGAGAACGUCCUCUUCUGACUGAAGUCGAAGUGGCUGAACGUUUGGAUGCUGAAUGAACUGCGGGUGAAGGGCAACGUUGAAUCUGUCAAAGCGGAAAAGAAGAAAAACUGGUUUUCUACAAAAAGGACAGAAAAGGAGGCACAGCAUCUAUUUCCUUUACCCUCGUUAAUAUCUGCUCGUUUUAGAAGAAUUAUUCGCAGUCGUCACAGUGACGCUGAUUUGCAUGUCUGUUCUUCAGAAAUAAUUCUGUUUGGUUUUGUGGUCAA